AUGAAAUUAUUUCAUUUAACAAUGAAUAUGAAAUUAAAUGAAAAUGAUUUAAUUGAAACAUUGAAAAGUAUUUUAAUGAAAAAUAUUAAAAAUAUUGAAGAAGACAAUGAUGAUGAUGAAAAUACUUGUUAUGAUGAUAAAGAAAAUAAUGAAGAAGAAGAAAAUGAUGAUGAUCAGUUGUUUGAACCUAAUACAAGUGAUAUUAUAAAAUCAAUAGAUGGUACUAAUACAUUACAAGAUAAUAUUAAACAAUUAAUAGAAGAAGCAAAAGGAAUAAAUAUUAAUAAAGGAUUGAUAGUAGAAGGAUUCUUUGGUUAUUUAAAAAAAAUAAUUAAUCAUAGUAAUCUUCCUUUAUAUUUAUUAACAGACAAUAUUUAUGCAAUUGGAAAUACAAUGUUUAAUAAUAUAAUUAGUAUUGAUCUUCAUGAUGAAAUUAUAGAUAAAAAUGAUCUUCAUUUUAAAUUAUUGAAUGAAUUUUCAAAGAAAAUUUUAAAAUCACAAUAUAAUUUAUUGAAUAAUAAAGUAUUAUGUGAUGAGAUUCAAUAUUGUAUUAGUUAUCAAAUAAGAAGUGUUAAUCAUAAAGUAGCAUGGUAUUGUUAUCAUUUGAUGAAAGAAAGAAAAAAUAUGUCAUUAAAAUAUCUUAUUAAUUAUGAUGACCUUCCAUCAUUUGCUUUUAAAUCAAAACAAACUAGAAUAAAUUGGACUGAUAAAUCUAUUUCUAAUAUUGAAUUACCAAAGAGUUAUAGUUUGAUAGGAAAUGUAGUUGUAAAUAAAAUGAAACAUAAUACAAAUGUACAUCCAAGGAAUAAAGUUGAAUUUAGGAAAAGAAAAUCAAAAGAAGUAUUUUUUAAUGAAAUUGCACCAUUUCAAAUGAAGAAGUAUGUAAUUAGUGAAAGAAGUAAAAAUGAUGAAGAUAAAAUAAUUAAUGAUGAUAAUGAAAUUAUUGAAGAAGAUAAUGUUGAAGAAAGAAUGUCAUCAAUUCAUUCACAUAAUUCUAUCAUUAAAAUAUCUCAAAAUGAAACAUAUAUUAAUGAAAUACAUGAAUAUGAUAGUAUAUUAACAGAAGAUGAAUUUGAAAAGAUAAUGAAAACAUUUAAUGUUCCACAAAAAUGUAUGUUAUGA